AUGACCAAUUUGUUGCAGCCAACAGGGGAAGACAACCAUCUUCAGCAAAUAAGGUAGGAUUUACAACAUAAAACUAAAACAAUAUAGCCUCCUGUGAGGCUAUAUUCCUCAAACUUCCUCUUUCAUUAAUCAGUCAGGCCUUACUAUAUCUAACGAUGAAAAUCCAUUGUCGACGAAAGUUAUGGAAUAUUUUUUCUUAAUUCCUAGAAUUGGCAUCAAAGCAAGCGUGGUGAUGAUUCCCUUGCUGGGUGUCACGUGGCUAUUUGGUCUCCUCUCGCCUGUACAUAAAGCUUUCGCUUACAUCUUCACCAUACUUAACUCUGCUCAGGUCAGUGUUCGAUGACAUUUCUCAAAAUCGUUCAAUAUCUAUUUUGUUACUUUCUAACCAAGUGAGACACCGUUACAAUGGUUAUAUGAUAUUUUUUGGAAUUUUGAAAACAAAAAGCUGUUAACUAUGCAAGAGAAGACAGACUUCUUUUUCCAUUAUAAGAUAUGCAAUUUUCCUUCCUUCUUGGAAAUCUUAAUAGAUAUCUAACUAAUUUAUUUGCAUAUUGUAAAAAUUAAUGAUCUUGAAAUCAUAUUUAUGCUGCAGGGUUUCCUGAUUUUCGCUCUACACUGUAUGCGAAACACUCAGGUAAGAAAAAACAUCAAACUGAUUAUUAACUUUUAGUAUUUCGAUAGAUAUCCGAGUACUAGUACUAAGAACCGUAUUUCAUAUUACUUGUCUACCUGCAGAUCAAAGAGCGAUUCAAAAGAAAAAUGAAUAUCGUUUUUCCAUCUUCUAUAAAGAACAACUGUUCAAGGAAAAGCUCAUGGGUCAAUCCAAGUGAGGUUGGGGAUAUAUGA